UUAUUUCCCGAAAAUUCUCUCACCCUCUCUCUGAUUCCAAACAAAAUCCAUCCAGUCGGCCACGCCCCUACUCCGAUCCACCCGCCGGCCGCCGCCUUGCCUCUCUGCAUCUUCACCAAACUCGGAACUUCGGAACCUGUGCAGACACUCACAAGGCGAGUGAUCUUCCUCCUCCAUCCAUGGCAGCCUCCAAGCUCCAAGCUCUGUGGAAUCAUCCCGCCGGACCUAAGACCAUUCAUUUCUGGGCACCAACCUUUAAGUGGGGUAUUAGCAUAGCGAACAUUGCUGAUUUUGCUAAACCCCCAGAGAAUCUCUCCUAUCCCCAGCAAAUAGCGGUUACCGCCACUGGAAUUAUCUGGUCACGCUAUAGCACUGUAAUUACACCUAAAAACUGGAACCUAUUUAGUGUAAAUGUGGCCAUGGCAGGUACUGGCAUCUACCAACUUACUCGUAAAAUAAGGCAUGAUUAUUUUGAUGUAGAGCAAGCUGCCAUUGCAAAAGAAUGAUGCCCUUUAUCUUUGAGGCCACUCUGCCCCACAACUGUACUUCAGUUCAAGUGCCCUAAUCUUUCCCCAUCAACAUAUACAUUUGGAUUGGAUUUUGUAUGUUAUGUAUUUCAUCAUUACAUUUAGUGCAUAAAGGCUAUUUUUCUUCCGAAUGGCCAUGUUUCGUCCGUGUUUCAGCAAAACCAUAUAAGGUGCCCUAUCGAGAGUUUUUCUCGGUUCUGUACAGGCUCGAUACUUAAGUUAUUGUUAUUUCAACAUUUGUUUUCUCAUUUUGAUUCGAUGCAACAAUGCUUAUACUCAUAUAGAGCAUUUUUACCCAAGGGCAGUAUUGGAACGACAGUAGUCGUUU